GGUAGAAAGAAGGUCAAGCAUACCCGCUCCAGUUUCUCGAAUCAGCACAAGCUAGAAGUUGCUCAGCACCUUAUCAGCUGCAAAGAUGUGAAGGAGACGCUGCGUCAUUUCUAUCCAAAGCUUAGCGGUGACGCCAAGGAGCAGCGCCGCAAACUACUUUACGACUGGCGG